ACCAACCUCAUUCUUACUUACGACUACUGCAAUCGCAAUUGCUCGAGCGCCUCAUCUCACUCUCUAAAGCAUCAGAGAAACAACAGCACCCCUCUCCUCCAACAACCCAAGCAGCCAGCCAGCUCUUUUCAAGCCAGCUUACAUCCUCUACUCGAUCGGCUAAUUUGUUCAUAAGAGAUCGAGCUAGCUAUCGGGCAGCAAGGUAGAUGCUAGCCAUGGACCAGCACCAGGAGGAGUCUUGUGUUCCCCCAGGGUUUAGGUUCCACCCCACAGAGGAGGAGCUGGUGGGGUACUAUCUGGCCAGGAAGGUGGCCGCCCAGAAUAUUGAUCUCGGAAUCAUCCAGGAGGUCGAUCUCUACCGGACCGAGCCAUGGGACCUCCAAGAGAAGUGUGGCGGCGGCAGGGGAGGACGGGGAACGCGUCAAGUGGCCGCGGACGAGCAGUCAUCGUCGGAGUGGUACUUCUUCAGCUUCAAGGACCGCAAGUAUCCAAGCGGCACGCGCACCAACCGCGCCACGGCGGCCGGAUUCUGGAAGGCCACCGGCAGGGACAAGCCGGUGACGUCAUCAAGGAGCCGCAGCGUCAUUGGCAUGAGGAAGACGCUCGUCUUUUACAGGGGCCGCGCCCCCAAUGGUAGGAAAACCGACUGGAUAAUUCACGAGUACCGUCUCCAAACCAGCGAGCACGGCCCCACCCAGGAGGACGGUUGGGUGGUGUGCAGGGCGUUCCAGAAGCCAACCCCGAACCAGAGGCAAUCCUACACGUUCCCAGCAUAUGCCACUGCUCUGGGCCUCGGGCGCUACUACGAUGCGCGGCCCUGCCUACACGGCCAAGGCGGUAACCUCCACUACCUGCAUAGCGCUGCUUCCACUGCCGGAGCUGGCGGCCUUUGCUUCCCCGGCCAGAGUGCCCAGUACUCCUCCGAGGACACGCUGGAGUGCAAGAAGGGCAUCUUCAACAACAUCCCACAGCUCAUCCAGAGCCCGCCGCCGGCGACCGCCUUUGCUGGUUGUAGUGAAGCCGGAUACGACCUAGUCCAGCCCAAACUAGCGGCGACAGGCAUCGACUGGAAUUUCCUUGACAUCUUGUUGUCAACGUCGCUGCUCCCCGACUCCUCCGCAGCCAGUGCUGCCUCAAACCUUCAGCUUCCCCUACACCAACCAUCGCUAAUUUAUGAGUGACAUAAUUCGCAGAAUGUUUAACGCAUGUAACUUUAAACCCCUUAAACGUACAGAGCAGCGCUUUGACCACUAGCUGCUGAGUAGUCCUCCCGGAUUCAGGUAGCAUGUCGA